AUGUCUGCACAGUCACAUCCGUUCUUCUACAACACAAGUCUCGCCCUCAGCGUCUUCCCAAUGUUGUUCGGCAUCAACGCCAUGUUGAGACCCGACUCCCAUCUCCGAGCUCUGGGCUUCCCACUCCACACUGAACCGACCGCGAAGAAACUCAAUCUCGCGUUGAUGCGCAUCUGGAGCAUCAGGAACCUCUCUGUCGGGUUCUUGCUCGCUUUGAUCUGGAACACGGGCGACGAGAAGUUGAUGGCCAAGGCGCUCGGUGCGGGAAUGGCCAUGGCGACCACGGAUGGCUUCGUGAGUAGGUUGCUCAUUGGAGGCGGCGAGACUCAGCAUUGGAUCUUCCCGCCUGUCUUGGGGGUUGUGAUUGCUGGGCUCUAUGGGUGGUUUGAUUAG